UGCACUGGCUAGUCACCACUGACUGUAGCUGGGCCCUCGUGAACAUGAUUCUCAUCUAUCUGCGAGUCGGAGUGUGACCGUCCGUAGAUCUACAGUCGGCUGUGUUCAACUCGGUUAGUUGGUCUGCGCCGCUUCGUCUCAAAUUUGUGUAGAUACGAAAUCAGUCAGUCUCUGCCGAACUCAUAAAAUAAUUACAGUGUUCAGAUUCUAUUCUAACAGUCACAAGGAGUUGGAUGGAGUAGGAUUGCCGAUUGGAGAAGUUCUUUUUCCUUCGUCGACGUUGGCGAGGCUACAUAGCUUCUCAGCCUGUGUCUCCAGCCAAAGUGUUCCUCAGUAGUGGUCUCCACUCUUCAAUACUCGUAAUCCCCUGCGUGGUCGGCGUUGCGCCUCAGCUUACUGAGUUGCUAGUGAAAUAACUGUACAAGCCGAAGCCCAAGGCCGUGUAUAUCAAACUCUGUCGACAAACUAAUGGCGUCUCUAGGCAACUUGUUCAUUACCUUGGUAGUGAUUGUCGCUGCGAUUUCAUCUGUGAAUGGUCAAUCUUUGGACUUGAGGGCUGUUCGCCUAGGUACCACUCCGUUCACAGCUUACUACCUGACUGGACAAAAUACAUCACAAAUUGGAAUACAGAAUUUACCAUCAUGCCUGGCUGUUGGUGCUACUGGUUCACUUAUUCAACUGACUAACACUAACACUGGUGUGGUUGUUGGUGAGCAUACCCAACCAUUUGCUGACGAUACCUUUGGUGUUACACCUGCUGCAUGGGACUUUACCCUACAUCCCACUCUCAACCCAAGCUACACUGGACUGUACAGAUGUACAUCGGAUAUAACGGGUCGUAUGACAGCGACACAAACCUAUCAACUGCAUGUCGUUGCUCCUCCCGCAACGCCGGUACUUCAAACUCCAGUGUCAGUGUACAACGACACUGUAUACAACAUCAACUGUACCGGUGAAGGAUACCCAGAACCUACAGUAACACUGAUGGUCAACAAUGUUGUAUUGACAGGCAGUAAUACAACCAAUUGUACUGGUGGUGUUUGUACAAAGACACACACCGCAUCACUAGAUGGGAGUACGUACACACCUGGCCAGUCCAUCAAUAUCACCUGUACUGUGGAUAUCAACCAACCACCAUUCACCUGUACUGCUGCUGACACUUCCUCAGUACAAGCACAGUGUAAUGAUACUGCCAAGACUACGUCACAAACGAGAACCGUUCCUGUAGUUGCACAAUGUCCAGCUAUCGAUGCUUCUGAACGCAAUUACAAACCCAUUGCCACUAACAGCACCGGUGUAUCUAUUGAGUGUAAAAUGGGAUAUGUGUCUGACAAUGGUAUGGAUAUCACCAACUCUACAUGUCUGAACACUGGAGAAUGGCAACCCAGUCUACCAAUGUGUGAAGACUGCAAUACGAUUUGCAAUGAUAGCAGUAUUAUGAACUGUAGCAACAUUAUGGUGUCCAACAUUCCUGGAAUAAGUUGCCCGUGUGACGCUGGUGAAAUUUGGACAAGGUCUGACCAGGCUUGUGUGGCCACCCAUUGCUCUGCUGAAACAAGAACGGCCACUGUCAAUGCGAUUCCGAGAUUGGAAGUGGGUGCUUCCGCUUAUGUCACUUGCAAUGCCUCUACUUCGACACAAACUGGGAUCAAUGUUACGUGUAUGCCGGACGGGACGCUGUCUAAUAAACCGGCUUGCCCAGCGCUUCCUUCCGUUCCACCCUCUACCCCUACGCCGGAUAUGACUAAUAUGACGAUGAACAACUCUAAUAUGACAAUGAACAACUCAAUUGUGAAAAUGAACGACUCUGGUUCUGCUCCUUCUGCUUCUACCAAUACUAAUGGUUCUACAGAGGAAGGAGGAGGAGGCUUAGAAACUGGAGCUAUUGUUGGCAUUGCUGUUGGAGGAGCUGUACUUGCUAUCGUUCUGGUCGUUAUCAUCAUCUUGGUGAUCAAGAAGCCACCGAGGUAGGACAUUACUGCUGACUCCUUGUUCUUGGUGUGGCAGGUGUGCCCCCUAUGAACCCGCCGCCACCCGUUGUUUUUUCCCUUUACUGUUCAGGUGGUUUAGGAAAGUGUUUGGAACUUUGGACCCCUGGAUACAUAACCAUGAGCAAUGAAAUGUCCCCCUGCCUGUCCAUUGAGUCAAGUAUGCCGGAAGCAUGCGAACAGAAAAUUAUUUUUACUAGUGUUUGUAUGAUUGCACCAUGCUGAUAGAAAGGGUUUUAUCGAAAAUACAAAAAUUCCAAAAAGACCAUCGGUAACCCAGGAAGACCCUAUCAGUUGGGGGUAACAACCUGGGUAGAAUUAGGAGGAAAGCCAAUUCCUCGCAUUAUUUCAAGCUAGCGCUUUCCCCAUCGACUCCUUUUAAACUGCCAUCCAGAGCACACGCGAUACUCGUCGAGGCAUUGACUCAGGAGACCUUCCAUCACUGCAACAACCACUCCCAGGUCAAUGCAUUGUUGCGGGGAAUCCUCUCCCCUCGCCCCUCAGUUGAGCUGGAGUAGACUAACGAAGCUGGUGCCUGAACAGCACCAUAUGCGCACUUCGCUUGAGGAAAUUUCAGGAAUUGCAGCAAUUCGAACUUUGUCGUUUCUCGUCCAGUUUCUACCAACCGUAUAGUUCUGGAAAUUUCUGCUCAUUAGCUUUCCGAUACGCCGUCAGUAGUUAAAAGAUUCGACUGUUUUCUGC